AUGAAAAGCAAUUCCGAGCAGAAAUUAGUUCUCUUGGCAACAUACAACAUGUCAAUUUGGUCAGGCUAUGAGGGUUUUGUGCAGAAGGAUCAAGACGAAUGCCGAGAUCAUAUCAUUCACUACGAUGUUAAGCUGGAAAACAUUCUGCCCGAUGGUGAUUUGUCACCUAAUUUGGUCGAUUUUGGGCUAGCAAAGCUUGUGGGUAGAGAUUUUAGUCAUGUGCUCACCACUACAAGGGGAACGAGAGGAUACUUGGCUCCAGAGUGGAUCUCCGAUCUUCCCAUCACUCCCAAGGUUGACGUCUACAGUUUUGGUACGACACUCUUGGAAAUCAUUUCGGGGCGAAGAAAUCUGGACUUAAAAGUGCAAGAUUCAAGUUUGUUUUACUUUCCCCCAUGGUCUGCAACUCAAAUUCAGCAGGGGAACACAAUGAACAUUGUGGAGGAGGGUGUUGCAGAGGAGGCAAACAUGGAAGAGGUGAGAAGUUUAUGUGUUGUAGCCUUGUUAUGCAUUCAAGAGGAUGAGGAAGUGAGGCCUAGCAUGAUGCAAGUGGUGCAGAUGCUGGAAGGGAAGGUGGAGCCUCAAACUCCGCAGGUUAUGGACAGGCCAGUGGACCGAAGCGACACAAGCAACAUCACCUCUAGCCAUGUUACCAGUUAG